UACGUUCGACCCAACAAAAUAUUACACUCUGGCUUUAAGGUUACCGUUAACGCUAUCAGUCACUUUAAAUAGUUGGAAACACCGUCCGCUUACUGAGUGUUAUUUUGAAAGUUAUGACAGGAAAUGUGGUGCUGUAUUCUCGCUAGCUUGUGUAGCUUCCAAAGCACACUGUGCUAGUACUGUGCUACUGCUGCCUCCUGCUGCCUCCUGCCAGUGGUGGACUGCCUCUUCAGCUACUACUGCUGCUGCUGCUGCUGCAGGGGACUGUGUCGCACAUUUCCCUUACAUCAGUCGUUUGUCAGCACCUGGUUGCCUUUGGACAAGGACGGUGAGACGUCCAGCUUUGACUGUAAGAACGAAUGUGCCCGAGAGUCUGACACAAGUCACAAUGGCUACCUCAGGCCCCACCUCUUCUGCUUCCAUCACUGCCACUGUGCCUGAGGGUUUCCAUUAUGAAACCAAGUACAUUGUGCUCAACUAUCUGGGAAUGCUGCCUGUUAGUAGAUCACAAGCACUAACAACAGCUCAAGGACAUGCCCAGAAUGAGAAAGAAAGGAGCACAAUAAUAAAAGCACAUGAGGAAGAGAUGAGACAACUGGACGAUGAAAUUGCUGCUUCCUUUUCCACAACAGGCUUCGACCGGCACACGUCGCUGGUGUUUAAUCCAGCCGUCCCAGAGACCUCGAUUGAAGACUGCCUUGCUACAAUGGGAGACCGGCUGGCCGUGGAGCUUGACACACACUUGGCAGCAGCCGUGUACACACUCCUUGCAGGACCUCUGGACUACCAGAGUUUCAGAGAUGCAACACAGGAUCUCUCAACACACACACAGGGAGGCUGGAGCACUGUGCUAGUACCUUUGGUGCUGCUUCAGGCUCUACAAAGUGAGGGCGAGUCACUGACAACUCUGUUGCAGCUGGGGGUGCGCUACCUAGAGGAGGACAAAGCUAGCUACAUCAUCCAGCAAGGGGGAUGGGGUGAAAUAUUCAGCCUUGAGUCAGAGGAGGAGCGUGGUGUGACCAUUGCUGAAGACAGCAACGACAUUUACAUCCUCCCUGACCAGCUCAGCCCCCCGUCCUCACUGCUCUGCACUGGAGACAACAGCAGUGAGCAAAGUUCCUGGCAGACAGAAAGCUUACCCGUGUCGCUGGCCGGCCACGAGUCUUGGGCACAGGUUGGUGCGAUGGACCCCGAAGACGUCAAGAGCCUGGACAGCAAUGAGGGCGUGGCUCUAGCUGAGGAGCGCAGCGAAAACAACUCCUCAAACUCGGACAUUGUCCACGUUGAGCGCGAAGAUGCUGAGCUGCUGGAGGAAGGAGGGGAAGUUGGAGGAAUAGACGAAAGCAUGAUGAGUGUUUUAGGCACAGAGAGUGAGCUAGCCGAGCUUAGGGAAGAAUUCAGGGACCAGUCUCCACCUGUUCCAGUGUCAGCCGAGGCAGCCCCGGCCUCCCUGCUUUCACUGGAGGAGCCAGUUGUAAUAGAGACGCCUGCAAGCUUGUCGGCGGAGCCUUCCCACCUCUCCUUAGAACCAGAGCUGCCUCCCCCGGUCCUUGAAGCUGCUGCUCCCCCUCCUUCUGGGCCAGAACCUCCAGCACCUUCAUCUGUUCCUGCAGUUGAACCAGAGUCUGAGCCAGAACCAGCUGCCCCCACCGCCCCAGUGCCUGCUGAGGUGGCACCACCAUCUCUAGCCGUGGAAACCCCGGCAGAACCAGCGGAUCCUGAAGCCACCUCAGAACCAGCUCCUGAACCAGAACAGGAGCCGGAGCCCGUCACAGUGCCUCCCGAGCCAGAGACUGUGGCAGAGCCAGAGGCCCUGUCUGCUGCGCCCCUUUUGCUAGAGGCUGCAGUGCCCCCUGUAGAAUCCCAGCCCGAGGAGCCCCCAGUGCAGCCGAAGCCAGAACCAGAGCUCCCAAUGCUGCUUUAUGGAGGUGCUGCACUGGUGGUCCUCGCUGCUGUAAUGGCAUACGGUGCCGUAAACUACAGGAGGCAUUAGAAAAAUGGUCUCAGGGGAGAAUGCAAAUUACAAGAUGUUAAGGUAGGAAUAAAUGUAUUGUUUUGGAUUUAUUAAACAGCUGUUUUUUGUUUUUAUUUGCGAGGCUUCUGAAGGUUUCAAAUCAGUGAAAAUCCCCCCCCCCCCUUAGCAAACCAAAAUUUCACCUUGGCACACCCACAACCUUACUGCUGGGAGUCCUGGCUGCCCCACUGCACCAGGAGCACACACAGAAAGGUGAUAACAAUGCACUCCACUGUUCUCCUUAGUUUUGAUUUUGCUCUCUUACCUUUUGGUAACUCACACUUUUGUGUUGAAAUUCUCGCGACUCCAGUCCUUAAUCUCCUAGAUUAGAAAUACUUUUAUCCCUCUUCUGCUAGUUUUGCUUUCUGUUGUGUCUGUGGCUCACCGUUAAUAGUUUGUACCAUUUGAGUGAGCUUAUCUACAUGCAACAUUUUGCUGAGAGUAAGUGAACCUCAAAGCCCACUCUACUGUUGCUGUGGGACUUAAGUUUUCUAACUUUCUCUCUUUUUAUGCAGCAAAGUGGCAUUUACUUAUUUCCCCCUCUAACUGUGAUGAAUUAAUCUGAUUCUUUCCCUGAAUAGCAAACCAAAUGUAUGAUGCUGGUAUGGGGAAAAAAAACAUCAAUUAGAUUUUACAUUAGAUUUUCUGUGAAACCACUUCUGACACAGAACAGACAUAUUAGGUUAGAUUUAUGUUCCGUCUUUCUAUAUUGUACAAGGCGUUUGUAUCCCUUCACAUGCAGCAUAUUUUGGUUUUUAUGUAUUAAAACAUUAAAGGUUUUUGCCCAAGAAUGGAUAAAAGUAUUGGCCUAAGGUACAGUACUGCUGCUGCAUUUGUGGAAAUGAUACAUCAUGCAUAGAAAUCUGAAUAUACUGUGAAUGUCCAAAAGGCUGUUAAAAACACAAGUAACAAAAUAUGUAUUCUUGUUGCAAUGGAUUCUCCUAUUGUAUUCAUACAGUAUAUAGUGCCAUGCAGAAAGAUCUUUGUGUACACUGAACUACAUUUUGCUUGCAUUAGCAAAAAAAAGUAAAAUGUCAGCCACUGCUUGUAUUUACCAAGCCAGAGUAAGCAGUAUUACUUCAGAUAGGGAGAGUAGCAGGAAUGUGACUGCAGUACAUACAUUUAGUCAUCUCUUUAACAGAUGUAACCAUUGAAUUUACUGGAAGGGCUACUCACUUCCUCAGUCAAAACCACAUUUUGUCUGCAGUUUCUUCCCCAUCUUUACUUUUUCUGCUAGUUGUCUUUAUAAUGUACCUGACUGUCCUUUAACCAUUUCAACUCCGUACCCUUCCUGAGAAGCAAAAAUGGAUUCUUCAUCGUCAAUCAAACCAGCAUUAACGUUAGUAUGGUUUCACAUGUGCAUGGGAAAUGCUGCUAUAAAGAUUUGGUUUUGAAGUAACAUUCAACCUUGUGUUGCUAUGAAAUACUGCAUGAAUGUCCCCCGGCUAAGGAAAUUGGUGCAGGUAUUAGGAGUUGUAGUAGUUCUUAAACAGACAGAGGGAUGUCCCCUCCCCCCCCCACAUUCAAUGUAGGCUAAAUUACUUAUCCUUCCCUUUGAGAACUGAUGUCACUAAGUACUUCAUUGACAUCAGUAAAACAUAACAGUUGACAACUUGUUUUGUCCUCAGUGCUGCCUCACCACUAACACAUAUUUCUCUGAGAAUUUGGAGAUAUUGUGGUACGUUUUAUCACUAUGAAAAUUGAAGAAUGGUUGUUAGAACACAGUACUGAACAGAAACCCUUUUCUUUGAUACAGAAAGGAUAUUUCCAUGUAUUUCAGUCUGUGUUACAUAGUAAUCCUCAUGGACUGAGACUCCUAAACAUGACACUUUGUACCUUGAGUUUCCUACAAUACACUGUUUAAGAUGGGAAUAAAAAACUAUUUGAGAACCUU